GAUUUAGUUAGAAGCUGUCAUGUAUGAUGUCUGCUCCCACCUGCACAACAGAGUAAAAAGGAUGUGAAUCGUGUAUUUACGAUAAUGCUUACCGCACUGGGACAGUAAAUACAAUAAAGCAGUAUUUUAACUCAAUAAGAAAAGAGAGAAAUACAGAGAUAGUAUUGCAUAAUAGCGAUCUAUUAUCUACCUGGUGAAUAUACAUCUCUAUGAGCAAAGCCAUCGAACUUCAAACCAAGGUUUUAGGGUAACACAUAUAUUCUAAAGGAGAGAAAUUAUAUUGACAUAUGACAGAAGAUACCAGUGAUGUUUAUAUUGAAAAAUACUCUAAAAUAGGUAUUUUAAUAUAAAACAUGAAUACUACAGUAAAUCAAAAUAAAGAAAUCAAAACAAGUGAUUCGUCAUGUAGUGAAAUAGACAUAAUUCAAAAAGCGCAUACGGAUACCAACUUCAAGAUGAAAUUGUUACAAGAUUAUCCAGAAGCUUUCAAUUACAUUGAAAAAUUAGAAAACCUUAUUAAUCGGUACCUGAAAAAAAUAAACAAAUUGCGAAAUAGAUUAAAGACAAGAAAUAAACAUGUAGAUAGUAGUACCCAAACAGAAGUAAUCAGUACAAAUGCAUUAGAUUCAGAUACCCAAAUGAAUGUUCAGCAGAGUUUAGUUGAUGAUAUUACAGAAGCAGCCGAAUCAGCUAUGCAAAAUACUGGUUUUGUUUACGAGGAAACAUCAGGAUUAUACUAUGACUAUAAUACGGGAUAUUACUACAAUGCGGAAUAUGGUUUAUAUUAUGAUGGUACUACUGGUAAAUAUCUAAAAUAUAAUGCUGAUACACAAUCUUAUGAAUUUCAUUCACAAGUACCUAUUCAAGCAGAGGCAGAAAGUGGACAUGUUAUUAAAAGAAAAAGCAAACAUAAAAACAAAGGACUCAAAAAAGGGCGUAAAACAGAAGGAAGAUCUGGUAAAAUAAAUAAGGAUAUGGAAGAAGGAGAAUGUACUUCUACUGAAACAAAUAGUGAUGAUGCAGGGGUCGAUUCUGAUUCUAGUGAUAUAUCCAAAAGUUGGCCACCAUGUAUGCGAGUAAUAGUAGAGGCUUCAGAAAUACCAAGUAUGAAAGUUGGCUCUUUACAUAUAAUAACCUGUAGCGGAGGUUCAAUCGGUCGGGAAGGAUCCCAUUCGAUUCUGUUAAAAGAUCCGAACGCAAGUAAACAUCAUUUAAAAAUUUCAUUUGAAGAAAAAACUGGACAUUACCAAGCAGUGGAUUUAGGAUCAAGAAAUGGGACUUUACUUAACGGAAAACGAAUGUCACCAUCAAAACAAGAGAGUGAAAGUAUGAUUAUUAUUCAUGGUAGUAAAAUACAAAUCGGGCAGACAAUUUUAGUGUGUCACAUACAUGAGGGUAACCAAACAUGUGGACAUUGUGAACCGGGACUUAUUCAAGUUAAAGAACCAGAAAAAGAACGACUUUACAUGCCUAGUAAGUCGAAUCAACAUAAGAAGCAAUUAAAUAAUUUAAAAAUGCUUUAUGGAGUCACAGAAUUUGAGGGUGAGGCAAAAUUAGCCAGUGGAUAUACAGACAGGGCUCAAAAAAGAAGAGAAACAGUAGGCAGUCAAAAUCCACAUGAAAAAACUCAAACAGCUUCCGUUAAUGAGUCGAUAAAUAAAGAAAAUAAGGGCUUCAAAUUACUACAGAAAAUGGGUUGGAAGGAAGGAGAGUCGUUAGGUAAAGAGGGAGGUGGUCUUUUGGAACCGAUUAAUCCACAAUCCAAUCAAGGAACUACCGGAAUAGGUUCAAAAAACAUAGAAGUACAAUCAAUUCCAACAAAUUCAAGCAAACAAAAUAUUUGGAAGAAGGCCAACGAACGAUUUCAAAAAUUGCCUGAAACCAAUAAUGCAUUUGAUGCAGAUUCAGAUGACUAAUCAUAAUUAUUUAUUGAAAGCAACAAUAAUUAAUUAUUUUUUGUAUUUAUUUGUGAGUUAAUUGAUUAAUUAAAUGUGGUUAUUGUUAAAC